UUUGAUAGGGUGGAGAAUAAAACUUAACUCUUUUAAGGAAUCGAAACAUUUUCAGUUUUACUCUUGGUGAAUUUAGAGAGAAUAUCAAAACCCGAAGAUGUCAGGAGUCGCAUCUACGUUGGCCAAAAAACGGGCUUUGGCUGCAGGGUUUGGAACAAAUGCAAAUGCUGUCAAGUAUCUCAAUCAGGAUUUUGAGUCGCUGAGAAGUCAGUGCUUAAGUCGUGGACAACUUUUUUCGGACCCAACUUUCCCAGCCGCGCCCGAAUCCCUGGGAUUUAAAGAGCUUGGGCCAAGUUCUUACAAAACAAGAGGAAUUCAGUGGAAAAGACCAGGCGAGUUAUGUUCAAGUCCAGAAUUCAUAAUUGGAGGAGCCACAAGAACUGAUAUCUGUCAAGGGGCUCUUGGUGACUGCUGGCUGUUAGCAGCCAUCGCUUCCCUUACGCUCAAUGACGAUGUAAUGGCCAGAGUUGUGCCUGGUGGGCAAGGUUUUGGAGACAACUAUGCUGGGAUCUUUCACUUCCAGUUCUGGCAAUUUGGUGAGUGGGUCGACGUUGUCAUUGACGACAGACUGCCAUUUAAAGAUGGAGAGCUGAUGUUUGUUCACUCUGCUGAGGGCUCUGAGUUCUGGAGCGCACUACUGGAGAAAGCCUAUGCUAAAGUUAAUGGCUGCUAUGAGGCAUUGUCAGGUGGGUCCACCUCUGAAGGUUUUGAGGACUUCACUGGUGGCAUUGCUGAAAGCUAUGACCUGAGGAAAGCUCCUUCCAACAUGUUUCAAAUUAUCAGAAAGGCUCUGGAGGCUGGGGCACUUCUUGGUUGCUCCAUUGAUAUCACCAGUGCUGCAGAUUCAGAGGCUGUCACACGCCAAAAACUGGUAAAAGGCCACGCCUACUCACUUACUGGAGCCCUGGAGGUGAACUAUCGUGGUCGUAGGGAGAAGCUAGUCAGAAUGCGUAACCCUUGGGGUCAGGUGGAAUGGACAGGUGCCUGGAGUGACAACUCUUCUGAGUGGAACUGUGUUGAUGCUUCAGAUCGUCAGAAUGUAAAAGCUGAAGAUGGAGAAUUCUGGAUGUCUUUCUCAGACUUCCUGAGACAUUACUCUCGUAUAGAGAUCUGCACUUUGACCCCAGAUGCGAUCAUCAGUGAGUCAGUUAAAUACUGGAGCGUGUGUAAAUACGAUGGCACCUGGAGGAGGGGAUCGACUGCAGGUGGCUGUAGGAACAACCCCCACACAUUCUGGAUGAAUCCUCAGUAUGUCAUUAAACUGAAUGAGGAGGACGAUGAUCCUGAUGAUAAUGAGGUGGGCUGCAGUUUUGUGGUUGGUCUGAUCCAGAAGAACCGGCGCAGACUGCGGAAAGUCGGAGAGGACAUGCACACCAUUGGGUUUGCUAUCUAUGAGGUGCCAUCACAGUUUCAUGGCCAGAGGGAGGUGCACCUGGACAAAAACUAUUUCCUGACUCACGCUCAGACGGCCCGGUCCGAGACCUUCAUCAAUCUGCGUGAGGUCUGCUCACGUUUCAAGCUGCCUCCUGGAGAGUACUUGAUUGUCCCUUCAACCUUUGAACCCCACAAAGAUGGAGACUUCUGCAUUCGUGUCUUCUCUGAGAAACAGACAGAGACCAUACCCUGUGAUGACCCAGUGUCUGCAGAAUUAGAUGACGAGAAAGUAUCUGAUGAUGAAGUUGAUGCAAAUUUCAGGGGAUUGUUCACGAAACUUGCUGGAAAGGAUAUGGAGAUUUCUUCAGCAGAACUAAAAACCAUUCUAAACAAAAUUGUUGCCAAACGGACAGACAUAAAAACAGAUGGCUUUAGUCUUGAGACCUGCCGGGUCAUGGUGAACCUUAUGGAUGACAGUGGAAACGGAAAGCUGGGCCUUGGGGAAUUUGCCACGCUGUGGAAGAAAGUACAGCACUAUCUGGGAAUCUAUAAGAAGAACGACUUGGAUAACUCUGGUACCAUGAGCUCUACAGAGAUGAGGAUGGCCCUGAAGGAGGCAGGAUUCACUCUGAAUAACAGCAUCUACCAGAUCCUGGUGGCACGCUACGCUGAAUCAGACAUGACCAUUGACUUUGACAAUUUUGUCGCCUGUCUCAUGCGCCUAGAGAUGAUGUUCAGAGUUUUCAAGAAGGUCGACGCACAUGACACUGGUUUCAUAGAGCUGGAUUUCCAUCAGUGGCUGACCUUUGCUAUGAUUUAGAAGACCUCUGCUCUUCCACCACAAAAUUCACAGCUUAAAUUGUCAAAACUACAGAUCUGUUGUAACUUUUAAAAAAAAGAAAAUUAUGACACUUUCUUUGUUAUAAUUUCAUACUACUGCAUGGUUUUAUUGUAUACUUUUCAAAAUAGGGUCAUUCUAUACCAACUCACCAAGGCCUUCUGGUUCGUGUCAUGGAUUUUCUUGAAAAAAUUCAUGUGAAAACUGUGUAGAACUAUAUUAAUACUAUCACAUCUAGAAGUUAUUUGGUCCUUCUUCAGACAUGGACAAAUGAAAUUAGUUAUGAACACUUAAUUGCGUUUGAGAAAUAUAGGUAUAGUUUGCUUUGCAAGAUAGUUGGCUAGUACCAGCUAAAGUUAGUAGCCAUCCCUCAACCCGGUUGUUUAGCCUACUGGUUCGCUAGCUAGUCGUGACUUGUGAUAGCAUAUUUAAUUGUCCAGACACACGGAACAAGCUGACUAGUAUGCAACAAACCAAGCCAUUGCAAGCGGUAACUUGUACAUUUCCUGAACUAUAUUUAGCUAUAUUUAGCAAGAUCUGUAGCACUCCAUUUUUUAUGCAGGACCAAAUAACUUUUAGAUGUGAUAGAACUAUAUUAACACUACACAGAAUCAAAAUUUGGUUGCAAGAAAGUGAAAACUAGUGGAGAUAUUAAUUUUUGAAAAUU